AAAACCUGCUUCGGCUAUUGAGCAUGCCCAGUUCGAUUGUGAGAGCCACCAAGCAGUUUACAAUGCGCAGGUCCCUCUUUCCGGGGUUUUGGUGGCCGGAGGAGAGAAGAGAGAAGAGGGAGGAGGAAAGAGGAAAGAGGGAGGAGGGAAAAGAGUAAGAAUAGGAAUAGUGGGUGAGUGAGAAAGAGAAACCCAGGAGGCGGAGAAAGUAUAGGUUCAACACUUGGUUGUAGCCUAAAAAGAUGAAGUCUGAAAAUGUGAGCCAGAUAUGGGGGUUAAGACAAUAUUCAGAGGUCUGUGAGCUUAAUUUAGAUGCUCUCCAUCACCUUUCUACUCUCAUCUUUAUUCCUGAGUGCACGGAGCGGGUUGUUUUUAAAGGACAAAUUAGUACCGGGGAACAUGGGAUUUCCCAGUACGCGCGCAUCUUGGGGAUUCGAGUCCGCACCCCACCUUUUUGGCACCCCCUUUCAGCAUUCUUUAAUCUGGAACUAUCAUAAAGCUAUGGAUCCUUUACUGCCGGUCCCCACCCCGCGGUGGCUUUAUGGUGUGUGUGUUCGCACGUGAUGCCCAUCCAUUUCUCCCCUCUCCCUCCAGCCCCGCAUCCCCACCCCCUCCCCAAUCCCCUCCGGACGCUCUGCCUCUCUUCCCACGGUCAUAUUGGCACUCUCCGGUUUGGCCAAUCCUCAGCAGACAAGAACCGCUGGCGCGAUUCGCUCGAGGUUCCCUAGGAGUGACCCAGACUAGACACACACACCUGACGAGGAGGAUGGUUGGAGGGGGGAAAGAGCCCCAAUGUUUCCCUAAACUGGAGAGGAGGAGGAGGAGGGACAGCAGCAGCAGGAACAGCAGCAUCGGCAGCGGCAGCGGCAGCAGCAGCAGCAGCGGCGGCGGCGGCAGCGGCAGCAGCAGCAGGAUCCGCACAUUGCUAACCCGCUCUAAGUGGCUCGGAGCAGCCAAACUGGGCAUGCUCCGUAGCCUGGGCAGGUUUGGGUUGCAAGUAGAAAGCUUUGGCUCUUAAGCCGGGAGGAGAGAACAAGGAGAGAGGGAGGGAGGGAGAGGAGAAAGAGAGAAAGAGAGAGACACGUAUAGACACACACAGAGACAGAGGCAUACACACGCAGAGCGCGAGAGCCCCGAGCGGCCGGAGAGGACCGCUGGUGCCCAGCGCUGCCACCAUCCAUUUGCAAGACGCUGGCACUAGAGAAACCCACCCACCGCCCCUCCGACUGAUGGAAAGGCAGUUUUUACAUGAUGAGAAAUCCUGAAAUCAGGUUUUGAGGGAAAGACAGAGUUUUUACACGAUGAUAAAUUCUGAAAUCAUUUUUUGAAAGAUAGAGAAGAAGUCAUCCACUUGACUAAUUAGACAAUCAGUCCUGGUUCAUCAAGAGCUGAUCUGUUUUGAAGAUAAUUAUGGCCAAACCAUAUGAAUUUAACUGGCAGAAGCCAGUUUCCCCAUUUUUACAGGAGGGAGCCAUUUUUGACAGAUAUGAAGAGGAAUCCUUUGUAUUUGAACCUAACUGCCUCUUCAAAGUGGAUGAAUUUGGCUUCUUUUUGACCUGGAAAAGUGAAGGAAAGGAAGGACAGGUAUUAGAGUGCUCCCUCAUCAACAGCAUUCGUUUUGGAUCUGUACCAAAGGAUCCCAAAAUCCUAGCAGCUCUUGAGGCUUUUGGAAAAUCAGAGAGUGAUUUGGAGGGAAGGAUAGUCUGUGUCUGCAGUGGCACUGACCUGGUGAAUAUCAGCUUCACUUAUAUGGUGGCAGAAAAUCCAGAAAUUGCCAAGCAAUGGUUCGAAGGGUUAAGAGCAAUCAUACAUAAUUUUAGAGCUAACAACGUUAGUCCAAUGACAUGCCUGAAGAAACACUGGAUGAAAUUGGCAUUUAUGACAAACACAAAUGGUAAAAUUCCAGUUAGGAGUAUUACUAGAACCUUUGCAUCAGGUAAAACAGAAAAGGUGAUUUUUCAAGCCCUUAAGGAGUUAGGUCUUCCCAGUGGAAAGAAUGAUGAAAUUGAGCCUGCAGCAUUUACUUAUGAAAAGUUUUAUGAACUAACACAAAAAAUUUGUCCUCGGACUGACAUCGAGGACCUCUUUAGGAAAAUCAAUGGAGACAAAACUGAUUAUUUAACGGUAGACCAAUUAGUGAGCUUUCUAAAUGAACAUCAACGAGACCCUCGACUGAAUGAAAUUUUAUUCCCAUUCUAUGAUACAAAAAGGGCAAUGCAGAUAAUUGAGACUUAUGAGCCUGAUGAUGAGUUGAAGACAAAAGGACUCAUAUCCAGUGACGGGUUUUGCAGAUAUCUGAUGUCUGAUGAAAAUGCGCCAGUCUUCCUUGACCGCCUGGAACUUUACCAAGAAAUGGAUCAUCCUUUGGCCCACUACUUUAUCAGUUCUUCCCAUAACACAUAUCUCACAGGACGUCAAUUUGGUGGGAAAUCUUCGGUGGAAAUGUACAGACAAAUCCUCUUAGCUGGAUGCAGAUGCGUUGAGCUAGAUUGCUGGGAUGGGAAAGGUGAAGAUCAAGAACCAAUAAUAACUCAUGGAAAAGCAAUGUGUACAGAUAUUCUUUUUAAGGAUGUGAUUCAAGCCAUCAAGGAAACAGCUUUUGUCACAUCAGAAUAUCCUGUCAUUCUGUCCUUUGAAAAUCACUGCAGCAAAUAUCAACAGUACAAGAUGUCCAAGUAUUGUGAAGAUCUAUUUGGAGAUCUCCUGUUGAAACAAGCACUUGAAUCACAUCCACUUGAACCAGGAAGACCUUUACCAUCCCCUAAUGACCUUAAAAGAAAAAUUCUGAUAAAAAACAAACGACUGAAACCUGAGGUGGAAAAAAAACAGCUUGAAGCAUUAAAAAGUAUGAUGGAAGCUGGAGAAUCAGCAGCCCCAGUAAAUAUCUUAGAAGAUGACAAUGAAGAAGAAAUAGAAUGUGUUGACCAAGAGGAAGAAGCUCACCCAGAAUUCAAAUUUGGAAGUGAACUCUCUGAUGAUUUCAGUCAAAAGGAAGCUGUUGCAAAUAGUGUAAAGAAGGCUGCAGAAGACCUUGAACAUGAAAACAAUAAAAAGGGAUUAGUUACUGUGGAAGAUGAACAGGCAUGGAUGGCAUCAUACAAAUAUGUGGGCGCUACAACCAAUAUUCACCCAUAUUUAUCCACAAUGAUCAACUAUGCCCAGCCUGUAAAGUUUCAGGGCUUCAAUGUAGCAGAAGAACGGAAUAUUCAUUACAACAUGUCUUCUUUUAAUGAAUCAGUUGGACUUGGUUACUUGAAAACGCAUGCAAUUGAAUUUGUGAAUUAUAAUAAACGGCAAAUGAGUCGGAUUUACCCCAAGGGAGGUCGAGUGGAUUCCAGUAAUUACAUGCCUCAGAUUUUCUGGAAUGCUGGCUGCCAGAUGGUGUCACUGAACUAUCAAACCCCAGAUUUAGCGAUGCAAUUGAAUCAGGGAAAAUUUGAAUAUAAUGGAUCAUGUGGGUAUCUUCUCAAACCAGAUUUCAUGCGACGGCCAGAUCGAACAUUUGAUCCUUUCUCUGAAACACCUGUAGAUGGUGUUAUUGCAGCUACUUGUUCAGUGCAGGUUAUAUCAGGACAGUUCUUAUCUGAUAAGAAAAUUGGUACGUAUGUAGAAGUGGAUAUGUACGGUUUGCCCACAGACACUAUACGGAAGGAGUUUCGAACACGUAUGGUUAUGAACAAUGGUCUCAAUCCUGUUUACAAUGAGGAAUCAUUCGUAUUCCGAAAGGUUAUUCUCCCUGAUCUGGCUGUCUUGAGAAUAGCUGUGUAUGAUGACAACAACAAGCUGAUUGGUCAAAGAAUCCUCCCUCUUGAUGGCCUCCAGGCAGGCUACAGACACAUUUCUCUUCGAAAUGAAGGGAAUAAACCAUUAUCACUGCCAACUGUUUUCUGCAACAUUGUGCUUAAAACAUAUGUGCCAGAUGGUUUUGGAGACAUUGUGGACGCUUUGUCAGACCCAAAAAAAUUUCUUUCUGUAAUGGAAAAGAGAGCAGAUCAAAUGAGAGCAAUGGGUAUUGAAACUAGUGAUAUAGCUGAUGUGCCAAAUGACACUUCCAAGAAUGACAAGAAAGGAAAAGCCAAUAAUGCUAAAGCCAAUGUGACUCCUCAGAGCAGCUCUGAACUCAGGCCAGCUACCACCUCUGGCCUAGGAGCAGGAGUGGAAGGGAAAAAAGGUAUUGAACUUAUUCCUCAAGUGAGGAUAGAAGACUUAAAACAAAUGAAGGCUUACUUAAAACACUUAAAGAAACAACAAAAAGAGCUAAAUUCUUUAAAGAAGAAACAUGCAAAGGAACACAGCACCAUGCAGAAGUUACACUGUACACAAGUUGACAAAAUUGUGGCUCAGUUUGACAAAGAGAAGUUAUCUCAUGAGAAAAUCUUAGAAAAAGCAAUGAAGAAGAAGGGAGGAAGUAAUUGUCUUGAAAUGAAGAAAGAAACUGAAAUUAAAAUUCAGACAUUAACAUCAGAUCAUAAAUCUAAGGUAAAAGAGAUUGUAGCCCAGCAUACGAAAGAAUGGUCAGAAAUGAUCAAUACCCACAGCGCUGAGGAGCAAGAAAUUCGGGAUUUGCACCUUAGCCAGCAGUGUGAUCUCUUGAAAAAACUGUUGAUCAAUGCUCAUGAGCAACAAACUCAGCAGCUAAAGCUUUCCCAUGACAGAGAAUGCAAGGAAAUGCGCGCCAAUCAGGCCAAGAUUUCCAUGGAAAACAGCAAAGCCAUCAGCCAAGACAAAUCAAUCAAAAAUAAAGCAGAAAGAGAGAGGAGAGUCAGGGAACUAAACAGCAGUAACACUAAAAAGUUUCUGGAAGAAAGAAAGAGACUUGCAAUGAAACAGUCAAAAGAAAUGGAUCAGUUGAAAAAAGUUCAACUUGAGCAUCUAGAAGUCCUGGAAAAACAAAAUGAGCAGCUUUUGAAAUCCUGUCAUGCAGUGUCUCAAACACAAGGCAAAGGAGAUGCAGCAGAUGGUGAAAUUGGAAGCCGAGAUGGACCGAAGACCAGCAACAGUGGUGUAAAACUCCAUAAUCCAAACUGAGAAGCUAACAAUGUCCAAAUAUUCCUCCAAACUGCAGAUCCCUAUACAGUGAAGACUAAAAUCAUUUCUUCUAUUUGUUAUUUCCCCCAUCGAUUUAGGCAAUACAUUGCCUGAGACCAUGGAGAAUAUGUAAGAGUUGCAUAUUUCAGUUUUAACUUUUUGAGUACUGAAGAACAUUUGUCAAAUAGGAGCUGUUAUUAUUGUGACAACCUGCCUUUCCAAUGAGGCACAAGGUUUAACCAUUUGUAAUUCUAUUCAAAUGUUUGUUCAGCAUCAUCACAAGAAAAUGAGCUUGAUAUUAAGCACCCUGCUUUGUGAUGUACUAGAACGUGUUUGAGGUAAAAUAUCAUGCAGAAACAACAAAAAAUGCAUGCAUUGGAAAACUUUCUGCAAAUUCAUUAGCAGAAAUUAUAGUAUGACAUAUCAAUAACUUUGCAGGAUAUUCCUUACAUCCAAGUUACCUCAUUAGUAAGUGCCAUAUCUUCAUCUUGCCGAAAGAAGCCAAUUUCCUGUAGAAGUUGUUGGAAUGGUUAAACAAUGGAAAAUAUAAGAGAACUAUAGGUGCCAAAAUUCAUCAGUGCUCAAAAGUUAAAAGAAUUGUGUAUUAGGCACUUUAAGAAAAGUUUACAUCAAACAUUGCUUAAUAGAAUUUGCAUUUUGAUCCUACUGCUGCAGAUUCCCAAUAUUACAAUUCAUUAUUGUAUCUUAAAGGUUGUGAAAUGGGUAUUGGCAAAAGUUUGUAACUGUGAAAAUGUAUAAAGUAUUUAUACACUUAAAUUCACAAUAUUGUAGAAAAUCACCUAAAUGUUGCCACAUGACAAGAUUAGUAAGCAGGACUACUAGACCUGUGUUUGCAUGACACAAGCACCAAUGAUGAAUAUAAAUGUGUAAGAUCACAUUCAUUCUCUUAACAAGUAAGUGCUGAUUAAAUGUAUGGCACAGAAUAGCAUUUGACUAAUUAUCAAGACUUUUAGCAAAAUGAAACAAGCAUAUAUAUGUGUGUGUAUACAAAAACAUACAUACACAUAUAUAUAUAUGUGUGUAAAUGAAUUAUGUGGGCAUUCUUGAUACUUCAAGUUCUAGUUUAAAAAGUACAUAACUAAUUUAAUUUUACACAAAAAUAUUUAUGCAGAUUUUCAGAAUUUCAUAUCAGGAAAUAACCUUUUUAUGUCUGUUAAAUAUUUAAAACAAAAAAUAAACAAAAAAAAAAAAACACAAUUUGCUACAGUGUUAAUCUGCAUGGGCUGAAAGCCUGCUGUAGUUAUAUUGCAGAACAGUGCAUGAAAAGCAUUCCAUUUGGAAUUUUACCAUGCUGCCAGCCAAUGCAAAGGAGACUGCAUGGAAUCUUGGUAGUUUAGAACCAAUCAGAUAACUGAUUUUAGUACACAAAGCACCUAUUGAAUUGUUGCAUAUGCUUGUACAAACUGAUUCUGUGUAUUCCUAUGAACAAAACAGAUGACAAGAUAAAAUUAUGCUACCAUCAAUCUUGAAACUAAACUUUCAACUUCUCUAAUAAAAACUUAAAACAAA